CUUCCAACAAAACGAUUGCCUAUUUCUUGGAAGUUGCAGGUCGUAUCGUCACACUCCCGUUUCGUAGUAAAACAGCAUCAUCCAUUGAUUCCCUUCCCUUCUGCUCCCUCCCUCUUCCAUUAAAAAAGAAGACAGAAAGCAGCUACCAAAAUGGCUACUUUGCUAGCGGCUGCAGGUCGUAGAGCAACUACUCUAUCUCGAUCCCCGGCUCUGUCUCAAGCCGCUUCUCUCAUUCCUCGCCGUGGUCUUGCCGGCGCUGCGGAUCACCAUGGACCCCCGAAGGUUAAUUGUUGGCAAGACCCAAUGAACCCAUCUAAAUGGAAAGAAGAGCACUUUGUUAUUGUCUCUUUAUCCGGUUGGGGCCUGCUUUUCUUUAGCGGAUACAAGUUCUUCACUAAAGGCAAAGGCAAGAAGGAAGAGAACAUGGUGGAAACGACACAUUAAUGAGGUUGGAGUUUCUAAAUUUUACAAAUAGUCCAUGAAUAAUGUGUUGCUGGAACUUCCAUGUCCUUGGGCAUCAUCUUCACUUUUCUGUUUUCUUUUCUUUUCUUUUUCCCUCAAGUAAAUUUGGAGGUCAGCUUCUUGUCAGUGAACAUACAGCCUGUUUCAUUGGCUUGUCCUGUUGGUAAUGGGAUGUAACAGUUUUUAAGACCCAAAAUGUGUUGAUGAAUUGGAAAAGUUAAUGAACUAUGUUUUUAUGCA